AUGACGCUCCUCACCAAUAUGGCGCCACUGGUCUGGGCGCAGCCCGCUCCGGGCAGCUCAGCGGCCUUCCAAGAGGACGAUUUCGUCGCUCUUUGGUUUGACAUGUACGCCAUUUUGAUGAAGCUCAACUUCUGGAAGCGUGAAGACAUCCUCUUCCCGCCAGUAGCGACGGGGAGGCAUGCACAACUGGACAGCCAGCACCUGCUAAUAGAGAGAAGAAUGAGCCCAGAGGCCGUUUCGCUAGUUGAACGGCUGCCAUAUCCCCGGGUCGCGUCAUACCGACGCAUGCGCAUUUAUCCGGAGGCUGACGCCAUGAAUUACCUCGAUAAGGACGAUAUCAGGGACUGUCGCGAUCCGCAUGAGAUGGCGCAGUACUCUACCCAGCUGCAUAGUUCGAAUGACGCCAGCUACCUCCUGCCGCAAGAUGUCACCCUAGCCCGCCCUGAUGAGAGUGAUGGACUUGCCUGGAUCUUGGAUCUUAGUCACAAUGCCUUCCGAUUCGUCUCUGGACCUUUUGAAGCUCCUGCAAGAGGAAGCUAUGGUGGCCUCCCUCAUGACUACCCAGUUGAAAGGCCGGACGACCCGGAUCACUACAGAAACUGGCCCAUGUAUCAUGCGCCUACAGUUCUGAGGAGGUGGAUUCAGGACGUCCUUGACCUCGAGCUAGUUCCAGCCUCGAGCCAAGGCGAGUACUGGAGCACUUCAUCUGAUGUUCUUGGCCAGGUAAUUGGUAAGGCUCUGAGACAUUAUGGCUGGCCGGCCGAGUUUCGCGAGCAGGACUGGGCGCGUGACUCCGAGCAGAUUUAUCGUGCCGCAGGUGACGUGGAGGAACGUUAUGAGAAGUCAUUUGAUCCGCACAAGUUUGGCUGGGACCGGCAAGUGCUUCUAUCCAAGUGGAAAGAGGAUCCAGACCUCGUUCCGUAUGUUGGCCUGGAUCUGUCGUAG